GAACUAUAUAGUACAUACCAAAGUGUAGUGUAUUUCAGAGGUCGAGUCAGUUUGUGUAGGUAGUGUAUUUCAACUGGCAGUGACCCAGCUAGAAGAUGGCUGUCAUAAGGGGAGCAAAGUUUAAUGGAACAGUUCCUACACUGUCACUUAAUAGUCCAACAAGGUCUUGUGCAACUGAAGAUUUCGACCCACUACAUGAUGAACUCCAUAACAUCCAGAGCAUGAUUCGUCUCACAAGGGAGAACAUCGAUGCUUUAAUAGAGAAGUUUGCAGCGUUCCAACAUCCGCCAGCCAUUUACCUCACCGAAUAUCAGGAGCUUACAAGUAAACUUCACGAGUUUGAAGUGAAAGAGCAGGAGCUAAUUGAAUUAAUCAGUAAUGGACGCGAAAGCCCGCAAGACCCAUGUGAACGCCAUUCUCAUGAUCAAAGCAGUGGGGGUGACAUCUCACCACAGCUGGUUCCUAGGUCGCCGCUGAAGUCUUUAGUGCGAGCACAUCUCCCAAAUAAACAACUGACUAGUGUUCAAGUAAGGCCAGGUCAGACUGUAAGAGAAGCUUUGUCAAAAGCUAUGAAAUUCCGCAAGCUUACUCCUGAGAUGUGUGUGGUGUAUAAAGGUCAAAGUAAGGUUAUAAUUCCUUGGGAAGCUGAUAUGUCAUCUCUUGAAGGUGAGGAAAUAAGUGUUGAAAUAUUGAACAAGUUUUUAAUUACAACAAGUAUUUCUCAUAAUUUCGUACGUAAGACGUUUUUUACUCUUGCAUUCUGUGAGUGUUGUAGUCGACUUCUUUUUCAAGGGUUCUAUUGUCGAACCUGUGGUUAUCGCUUUCAUCAACGAUGUGCAACAGGUGUACCAACUCUCUGCCAGCAAAUACAAAAUGAUACAUAUUUUGAGAUAUUACUAUCACAAAAACCAGUGACAUCUGCUGGUAUCCUACAGACCCCAGAGUUUGUAACAGGAAGGUCAGCAUCACCUUCACAUCCCCAUUCUGUAGUACGAAGACAUCCUCCGACAUUGGGUACGAGGGAAAGGUCAAGUUCAGCUCCAAAUGUAUGCUUGAAUCUAGUCGCUCAGGUUGCUCAAGCAGCAUCAUUAGAGAUGUUUGUUGGUCACAUUGCAAAGUCUGGCCCAGCUCCACCAGGCUCUGGGGGAGGGGAGCUUGCAUUGUGUAGUCCAGGCAGCAGCCCUACUAAGCCGUCCCACAGUCAGAGUGCACAAGCAUCCCCGACCAAUACAUUGAGACUUUGGCGUCCACGUGCCCGCAGUGCAGAUGAAAGUAGUAACAAAGUUCGCACACCUCGGGAAUCAAUAGAAGACUGGGAAAUUCCGGCUGAUGAAAUUCUCAUUGGUCCCAGAAUUGGUUCAGGUUCCUUUGGAACUGUGUACAAAGGUCAUUGGCAUGGGCCAGUGGCUGUUAAAACUCUGAAUGUUAAAGACCCAACUCCAGCUCAGUUACAAGCAUUCAAAAAUGAAGUGGCUGUCUUAAGGAAGACACGACAUGUUAAUAUAUUGUUGUUCAUGGGUUGUGUAAGCAAACCACAGUUAGCAAUAGUGACACAGUGGUGUGAGGGUUCAAGCCUGUAUAAACAUCUACAUGUUAUAGAGACAAAGUUUGAACUUUUAACAUUGAUAGAAAUAGGAAGGCAAACAGCUCAAGGAAUGGACUAUCUCCAUGCUAAGAACAUAAUACAUAGAGAUUUAAAAAGCAACAAUAUCUUCCUUCAUGAUGAUCUCACAGUAAAGAUUGGAGAUUUUGGACUGGCAACAGUGAAGACACGUUGGUCAGGAUCACAGCAGUUCCAGCAGCCUACUGGCUCGAUUUUGUGGAUGGCACCAGAAGUUAUUCGUAUGCAGGAGGAAAGUCCUUACAGCUUUCAGUCAGAUGUGUAUGCAUUUGGUGUGGUACUGUUUGAGUUGCUUGCAGGACAGUUACCAUAUGCCAGUAUCAACAAUAAGGACCAGAUUCUCUUCAUGGUGGGCAGGGGCUACCUGCGUCCAGAUCUUAACAUUCUGCGUUCAGACACACCGAAGGCACUUCGACGCCUAUCAGAAGAUUGUCUGAAGCUAAAUCGUGAUGAGCGCCCACUGUUCCGUCAGAUUCUUGCAUCACUUGAAAGUUCUCUGCGUUUACUUCCUAAGAUUCAUCGUUCGGCAUCUGAGCCAACCUUAAAUCGCACCCAGCUUCAGUCAGAUGACUUUCUUUAUGUAUGUGCUUCACCCAAAACACCUAUUAAUUCACAGUAUGGAGCUUUUCCUAUCUUCUCAGUUGGUGGGAUUAUAUAAAUCAUCUUAAAACAUUAUCUUCGGUCUACCGUGAGUGACUUAAGCCAGAGAAGGCGAACCUUCUUCAAGCCACAUGCCAAAUAUUGAGGGAAAGUUUCUGCUGUAGUUUGCAUGCCCAUAACUUUUAGUAAGCUUAAAAAUAUUUCUAAGAUCAUGUAGUGUAUAUGAAAUAAAUUAUUACUCACCAAGUGAGUAAGGAUUAUGCUGUUAUAUCUUAGCCACUGAUGUUAUAUCAGAUUCCUAAUUGGACUUCUUUAGAAUCAUAUGAGUAGCACUGUACUUACUAGACUUGACAAAAUUCUUUGCAGAAAAUAUACUUUCACAAAUAUAUGUAGGUGGAAAAAUUAUCAAUGUGACUACUUUUCAUAGUUCAAAGUGUUACUAGCAAAGCAUUCCAGAAGUUUUUUCACUUUAUCUUCAUCAUUAACAUUUAUUUCAGGUGCAGGGUAUUCUGAAUUAUAUUUUACUUGUCCAGUAGACUUUGUUUAAGAAACUUCAUAUCAAAUUAAACUAGCCGAACUUCAAUUAGCUCCAUUCUAAAGUUGAAUUAAUUAAGCCAAUCUGAGCUUCACGCUUUCCAGUUGUACAGCAUCAGGAUACUUUAAAAACUUCACUGUUUCCUUGACAUGCUUGAAGUUUGGAAAUCUUGAGGAAACCUUUCUUCUGCAAUGGUUAUGUUACUUUAAAUCAUGAAUCUCUUGGUCCUCAAGAAGGUUGAGAUUAUUCAGAUGCUUAUUCAGUGAAGGAAAAUACUUUAGUUUAUAAAUGUUCAUGUCAAAGUGAUACAUUUUGAGCUUCAUUUUAAAUACACUAAUGAGACACUGAACAUGACAGUUUCACAUUUAAGUCAUUCAGAUGAGCACAAAGUCUGUGAAGAACAUUACAGUAGAAAGCUGUUGAGUAUCAUCUGAUUAUAGACAGUGUAGUAUCCCCCCCCCUCUGAAAGUUUAUUUCAUUCUGACGCUCGAAAAAUUUGUCACAUUCAUUCUUGCAAUGAACUAUGUCAGUGAACAUGAGUACAUCACCAUGCACUGAAUCAUCCUCUUUCAAAAGCAAUUACACUGUUUUUCAUCAAACAUACUUGAAGCACUGUAGUUAACCACAGUGAUAAUUUUCAUAUCUUCCAGCUGACUCAAACCAUGAAUAGUUCAUAGGACUGCUUAAUGAACAGUGCAGUGAAAUGAUACAAUGGAAUAACCAACAUUUUAUGAAUAGCAGUAAAAAUCCUGCUAGUUUGUCAUUUGAGCUAGAAGUUCUAUCAGCUGUAACACAAACUAUUUUGAUGCUAUCUGUCAUUUGAGACUCUCAAAAUGUUUUUUUUUGUGACAGAACUACAGCAUCUAGCCAUCAUUGUUAACCUUUUAAAACCAAAGCUUAUCAAAAUAACGUUUAAUAUAUAAAUUCUUACCUGAAGAAACAGUAUCCAUUACAUGAAUCAGUUGGUUAAUGCUAUUUAUGGAAAUAAUUAACUCUUUCUUCAGAAAAUCAUAUGAAACCCAUAAAUAUACUGUGGGCAGAUUACAGACUGAUUGCUAAAGCAAGUGGUGUAUAUAGUUACCCCCCGCCCCCACACACACACAGUAUUAAAGGGUUAACUUAAAUUAGCCAAUUUGAAGAAUCUGUCUUCUCAAUUGAAGUGCCAUGUAAUCUGAUAAAAGUUAACCAGCAUUUUGGACGUCCUUGCUGACUUCUGAUGAAGGAGGCAGCAAAGACCUCUGAAACAUUGGUAUAAACUUAUAAACUUCUACCAGACUACACAGCUGUACAAUCCAGAAUACAACUAUCUUCACAUUCAGUGCUGUGAGAACCUUAAACCCAAUUAUUCACAGACUUCACUACUUUCACAACUGAACUCUGAAUGGCUAAAUAAGUUAAGUAUGUGAUGUCUGUGCACAUACAAGACAAAUGUAAAAAUAAGUACAAGAAUGCAAUCUGUUUUUAGUUGUUCAUGGAUGUUUUAGUUAAUUUUGAUUAUACUACCCACUGUGUUUUGACUGCUGUUUAGGUAUUUGGUAUGUGGCAAAAUAUUUUCUGUAGUUUGGAAGUAUUCAAAAAGUUUUGGUACAGGUGCUAGCCAUGCUUGCUUUAUAAAUUCACCACUAAAUUGGUUAACCAUGUCUAGCAAUAAUUUUAUGACCUUGGAAUUUGUAACUACAAUAUUCAAAGAACUUACAACAAAUUGGUUGUUUUUAACACAUGUUAUUUAACCCAUUUUUGCUCUUGCUUACUUUUGGGGACGUAUAUUUGUUUAGUUUCAUAAAGUUGCUUAUCAGAGUUCUAUAAACCACACUUUCAGAACAUAGACUCCACAACGCUUUUCUGUUUUUGUCAUUUACAAAUAUUUUUCCUUUCACCUGCUGUGAAAUUAUCUUCCUGUGAAUUUUACUUAUUUUUUGGUCUUCUUACUUUAUAAAACAUUUGCAGACCUCUGAAGUGAACACAUAUAUCAUCCUCAGAACAGAGACACUAUUCUGUUGUAAAUGUUGGACAAUAACAAACUGUUGACUGUAACUUGUCUGAGUGAAAUGACGGAAACAACACACACACAGGGAGCAUCAGAGACAAUCGAAAACAAAUUGAGUUUGUGGUGCAGCGAUGAGAUUGGUGCCAAGCAGUUGAUAACUUUUAAUGUGUAUGAUCUGAAUCUGUCAUGGCAACUAAGUAUAAUAAGUCCUUGGGCUACCCGCCGUGUCAGAUGACACAGCAGGUAGCCCAAGAAGAAUUCAUCAAGCUUUUAACCUGUUUGUGCAGUUCUGUAUAUAUGAACAUAAUUCAAUUCUUGCCCACAAGUAUCUGUGUAUAAAUUAAUGUUAGUUACUGUAUUGUAUGAAGAUAUUUCUUUGAAUUAAAACUGUGCAUGCAGGCACAUGUGACAUGUGCCAGUAGUUCACCCUCACUGGACUAAGCAGUGUGGCAGUAUUGAGAGUAACUGAGUUGAAGCAGUUUGUACAUAAAAAAGGAGGAAAGAAUCUGAAUUGUUUUAUUUGAGAUGACACUGUUGAAACUAAUCAUCAAAGUGUGGCGCUGUUAUUAAAGAUUGUUUUAUAAUUAUUUAUUACAGUUUUAGGAAAUUUUCUUCAAUUUAUCUGUGUACAGAAUGAUUCAUGUAAUUCAUUUAUAGUUUACAUGGCUUAAAAAUUGUGUACUUAAUAGAGAUAAUUUGCAACAUGUAACAGGUUUGAGGGCGAAACAUAAAUGGAAUACCACAACCAGGUACUGUUCUUACUGAAAGUAACUUGCCCAGCACUGCUUAUUUUAACACUGAAAAUUAAUGUGUAUAAACAACUUUCAAACUUCUGGUACUGUAAUAUUGAAAUAAAAUGUAGUAUUUCAGGUGUACUUUGA